CCGAGAUGUAAACGCGUGCGCCUUUGCUGCCCUUUAUUCUAGAAGCCCCAGUAGCAUUCAAAUAGAAGGAGCCACAACCCCCUGUAUUUUAAAACCGAAAAUUAACCCAUGUCUUUAUAUCUCUUUCAGAAUUUUGCGUGUAGUUUCUGGUUCAAAUCUGUACUGAAAAUGGGUAUGCAGAUGCGUUUUCAGCUCUUUUUCUGGCUCGUGAUGAUCCUUGCUUUGUAUCAAGAACCGAGAGCGUUAGAAGCCACGUCAGUGACACUCAACGACCAUCACCGAGGGCAUAACUUGAAGACGUUUGCGGCAACUCUUGGAAUUGUGUGCAAAUGCUGUGAUGGUUUAAACGGUGAAUGCAGAACCACGUGGGACGCUUCCUGCCCCAAGCUCAAAUGCCUUCCAUGGAAACUUCAGUAAUACAUGUGUAAUAUUAUGAGAAUAUCUAUCAUCAUGCUAUAGCUAGCUUAUGUGUGUCAUGGAAACUUCAGUAAUACAUGUGUAAUAUUAUGAGAAUAUCUAUCAUCAUGCUAUAGCUAGCUUAUGUGUGUCCUAUAUAUAUAUAUAUAUAUAUAUGCUUAUGUGUGUGGUAACGUACACGAGAGUACGUUGGUAAUUUGUAAUACUCAACUGGGUUUCUGGUUUUAUGUCUAGCACUGUAAUUGGCUUGGAAAUAAAAAACGGCUUGAAUUAGAAUUUUC